AAAACAAUAGUUACGUCUCAAUUCCAAAUAUGGCUGGAGAAGAACAUCUCCUAUCGACGGAGAUUGUGAACCGUGGGAUAUCGGACGGGGGAUCUCAAACGUUCUCCAUUAGGGUACGGAGGCGUUUGCCGGACUUUUUGCAGUCAGUGAACCUAAAAUAUGUGAAAUUAGGGUACCAUUACUUGAUAAAACAUGGGAUAUAUUUGGCCAUAGUGCCAAUGUUGGUGUUGGUUUUCAGUGCUGAAGUUGGCAACCUAAGUAGAGAGGAGUUGGGGAGAAAAUUUUGGGAUACCACAACUGGUUAUGAUUUGGCUACGGUGUUAUCAUUUGUGGCACUUUUUGUGUUCACUCUCUCUCUUUACAUGAUGUCUAAGCCAAGACCUAUUUACCUUCUUGAUUUUGCAUGUUACAAGCCAAGUGACGACCUUAAGGUAACAAAGGAACAAUUCAUUGAACUAGCACGAAAAUCAGGCAAAUUCGACGAGCCAAGUCUCGAAUUUCAAAAAAGAGUUCUAGAAUCUUCUGGAAUCGGCAACGAGACUUACGUCCCAAAAUCCAUUGGGUCCUCGGAAAACACCGCCACCAUGAAAGAAGGCCGAGCCGAGGCAUCAACUGUCAUGUUCGGAGCACUCGACGAACUAUUCGAGAAGACGAAAAUUCGUCCAAAAGACGUCGGAGUAUUGGUGGUGAAUUGCAGCAUUUUCAACCCAACACCAUCACUUUCAGCCAUGAUAAUAAAUCACUAUAAAAUGAGAGGAAAUAUUCUUAGUUUUAACUUAGGUGGAAUGGGUUGUAGUGCUGGGAUUAUAGCAUUGGAUUUGGCACGUGACAUGUUACAAGCUAACCCGAAUAAUUAUGCGGUGGUGGUUAGUGCUGAGAUGGUGGGAUAUAACUGGUACCCCGGUAAAGAAAGGUCUAUGCUUAUCCCCAAUUGCUUUUUUCGGAUGGGUUGCUCCGCCCUUCUCCUCUCUAAUCGCCGUCGCGACUACCACCGUGCUAAGUACAGCCUCGAGCACAUCGUGAGGACACAUAAAGCUUCCAAUGAUCGGGCAUUCAGGUGCAUUUAUCAAGAAGAAGAUAGCCAACGUUACAAGGGGCUAAAGAUAAGCAAAGAUUUAGUAGAAGUUGGAGGAGACGCAUUGAAGACCAACAUUACCACAUUAGGCCCUUUGGUUCUACCUUUAUCAGAACAACUCUUCUUCUUUGGAAACUUAGUUUGGAGGCACUUAUUUGGCAAUAAAAAUGCCAAAGGAAAUAAUAAUGACAAUUCACAGCUAGCCAAUAAUAAGCCCUAUAUUCCAGACUACAAACUUGCCUUUGAGCACUUUUGUGUGUAUGCAGCCAGCAAAACUGUUCUUGAUGAGCUUCAAAGGAACUUAGAGUUGAGUGAGAAGAAUAUGGAAGCUUCUCGAGCCACACUUCAUCGAUUUGGUAAUACAUCUAGUAGCAGCAUUUGGUACGAGUUGGCUUAUUUGGAGGCGAAGGAGAAAAUUACAAGAGGCGACCGUGUGUGGCAAAUUGCUUUUGGAUCGGGUUUUAAGUGUAACAGUGCUGUUUGGAAAGCCAUUCGACGUGUUAAAAAGCCUUCAACAAAUCCUUGGCUUGAUUGCGUUGAUAGGUACCCUCAGUCUCUCACACAAUAAACAUGGGUUUUCGUGGAAGAUUUGAAAUUAAAAGAUGGGAUGAAUGACUAUAUAAAUGUGUAGUCAAGAACAUUGGUAUUAUUAUAAAUUAAGUUGAUUGAUGGAAGGGUACUUAUUUAAUUAGAAUCUUGACCUUAUCUAUAUUGUCACUAAAUUGGUGGUCCAAGUUUAACAAGCAUAUAUAGGUCCUUACCAAAACU